UUGCGGUUGCCUAGCAAGUUUCACAUCCACGGUGCAAAGUUUGAAGACGUGUAGCUCGGCUGCUUUCUGGAUCCUGUAAAGUACAAACUCACAGAAAAUUUUAUUUCCCCGUCUAGGUCCAGGUGACAACACUGACGGUGCAAGAUGUCCGUCGCGGGAUUUAAGAAGCAAUUUUACAAAGCGAGCCAGCUGGUGAGUGAGAAGGUUGGAGGUGCAGAGGGAACCAAACUGGAUGAAGACUUCAGGGACCUCGAGAGGAAAUCCGAUGUUACCAGCAAAGCAGUGAUUGAAGUCAUCAAUAAAACAACAGAGUACCUCCAGCCCAACCCCGCAACAAGAGCUAAGCUUACCAUGCUCAACACGGUGUCCAAAAUGCGCGGGCAGGUCAAGAGUCCGGGAUACCCCCAGCCUGAGGGGCUCCUGGGGGAGUGCAUGACUAAGUAUGGACGGGAUAUGGGCGAAGACACCAACUUUGGUGGAGCUCUAGUAGACAUUGGGGAGUCAAUGAAGAGGAUGGCCGAGGUCAAAGACUCUCUGGAUAUUGAUGUGAAACAGAACUUCAUUGACCCGCUACAGGCAGUCGCUGAGAAGGAUAUCAAAGACAUUCAGCACCACCUGAAGAAGCUCGAGGGCCGCCGUCUCGACUAUGAUUAUAAAAAGAAACGUCAAGGUAAAAUCCCAGAUGAAGAGCUCAGGGUGGCUCUGGAGAAGUUCCACGAGUCCAAAGAGAUGGCAGAAGGCUCCAUGCACAACCUGCUGGAAACAGAUGUGGAGCAGGUGAGUCAGCUGUCUUCUUUUGUGGAGUCUCUGCUGCAGUACCACAAACAGGCGGCGCAGGUCCUCGAGGAGCUUUCUGACAAGCUGAGAGAAAGGGUGACUGACGCUCAGGCUCGUCCAAGGCGCGAAUAUGCACCCAAACCCAGACCAGUGUAUGACUAUGGAGAGGUGGAGAACUCUAACGGAGCAUACACACCAGCUGCAUCAACCCCUCCAGCCUACUCUCCAGCCCCAGCACAAUAUCCAGGUCCAGCCUUCCAAAGAACCUCCGUCAAGAGCAGAGCGCCUGAACCUUGUUGUAAAGCCCUGUAUGACUUUGAGCCAGAGAACGAAGGCGAGCUGGGCUUCCGCGAGGGCGACAUCAUCACCUUGGUCAGUCAAAUCGAUGAGAACUGGUUCGAGGGAGCCAUUCGCGGCAAAUCAGGAUUCUUCCCCAACAACUACGUGGAAGUGGUGGUGCCUCUGCCACACUGAAAACAGCCAGGCAAGAUGAGAACUGCAGAACGGAGAGGGUGAAUAGUGGCAGAGGUAGUGAUUUCAAACUUGCAAAAAACCAAAAGAUAUUUUCUCCUUAUUGUAGUAAUCGCAUAACCAUCUCAAGAUAAAGACCUUAUAUGUACCUAGGAGUUAUUGAGUAUAGAGCUUUUUUUGUAUUCUGUCAGAUUAUGUCAACAUUUAGUUGUAAUAGUAAGGAAAGAGGGGUUUUUAGUGACAGCUUAACUAUUGGGUGACUGCCUUUACAAUAUCUUAAGUAUUUACAUUCACUCUCAAUGCACCUGUGCACUUUGUACACUACACCUCCAUUACCGGGACUGAUGAAGAAAAAUCGAGACAAGAAAGACAUCUGUAAUGACGUGCAGCCGUUUCAAACACUAAGACGUGCAACUUUAUUCUUUCAUUCUUAACCUACUUUAUAUUUACAAGACUACAUUUCUUGUUUUAUGUACUGUUUAUACUGGCAUGUAUACGCAUGCAUUCUUCCAAACACUAUUAGCUACACUCCCAGUUCUCACUGUGCCUUCAGGCUUAAGUUUUGUAAGUAAGUUAACAUGGAGGACUGCUUGCCUUCUGUUGGUGUUUAUGACUAUCCUUUACUGCCAUCUAGUGGACCGAGAGAUCAUUCUUAGCUACUGGCGCUGUCACACAACCUCUAUUAUCUUUUACCAGAUACAAAACAAACCAAAACAAUAUUUGACCAGAUCCUUGUUUUAGGGGGCAUGUCUGUUUAAGGUAGAAAACGUUUCUUGAAAACAUAUAUAAAACUUGAAUAAUCGCUGAUAUCAGUUCAGCCGGUAACAUUGACUGACUGCUGUAUCGAACAUGUUUUCAUUCUUGCCCCCUGCUGAUCAGAGAAACUGACAUUUUUAUAAACGCAUAUAUAUUCGAGACCAAAAUAAGUGGUUAUGUAGUUGAUUGUAAAGAGCUGGAGGGCGACCAUAAAUAUGCCUAGUUUUAUAACACUAACUGUUGCCACGUUAUUAUUGAUUUAAUUUAUCCAGAGUUCCUCACUGCACUCCACUGUCUCUUACAGCUGAUUCCCACGUUGGUUGAGACUGCUGUUUGACAUGCAAAUAAAAUUGAAACAACCUCAUGCGCGCAAUGCUGCAUAAUUUUGUUAAAUGUUCGAGAUUAUUAUUUGCAAACAUCGGGUUUUACAUUUAUUUGACAUUUUGUAAAGACAUUUGUUUCCAUUCCAGUGAAACUCACAACCAUGUAACAUGACUCAGCAUUACACAAAAGCCAUAAGUGCCCUUCAGCUUAAUUUUCUCAGGCUGUAUUGAUACUGCUGGCAGUGUCGCUCACAAUGUUUUGUGGGCUUUUAUCCAACUGUUUGUCGAUGUAUUUUCAGUCUUUGAUUUGUUUUCUCCAAAGUGCUGGGGUAAGCUUGGCUUUACUACUCUAACCUAUAAUUUGGAGUAUGAAAAUUAAUCUGAUGUGUUGUGUUUCGGGUAUUUUUGGACCUGCCUCUGUUGAAACUGUGCACUAGACCUGCCAGAAAAUGCUCCAUAACUAUCUCCGAACCGUUGUGUAAAGAAUAUAGUAAUAAUGAGGAAGGCCUAUACACAAUGACCGGUUUCAGUUUCAAUUAAGUCUUUUAUAAGCAGACUAUAAACUGUGAGGGUUUGUGCUGUUCACUUAAAUACCAACUUUCUCCUCUUGUCAUGAUCCCCUUGUUAGACCGCCCCAUGCCCCACUCAUCUCUCCCAUCUCUGUUUAGACCGGGAGCGGAACAGACAGGUCUUUUCAGCGGGGAAGGGCACACAGCAGUGGAUUAUGCCCUUCCUCCCCCACUUGCCUUUAUUCACCACCUGCCCCUUUACCCCUGCCUCCUUUCUCAUUAUCUGCCCCAACUCAAUCCCUUUGUGCCUCUGGAGUCUCCUGGUCCACUCCUGGAAUAAUCUUCUCAUUGUUAUCAUAAUAUGUGCCUCUUAAAUGUUAUGUUUGUAUCUCUCCUAUGUUAUUCUUGUUAAGUAUAGGGCCGGGGUCUUCGGCUGUGCUGGGUAGUAACCGUGUGGUUCAGGUGUGGGUUUACAUGCCUCAUUACACGAAAUGAAAAGCCUGGAGUUUGAGAGAGGGGGGGGGGUAGAGGGUCAGGGGUUCAGGUGGAGCUAUUAUGCAUCCUGUAUAAUUUUGACAAUGAAUAAUGUUGUGGAACAAAGGACUAAGAUCAAUUUUUGUGUGCUGCUGCUGUCCCAUCUGAAAUAGUUGUCUGAACGCUGCAGCUGACAUUUAUUGCAACACUACAUUCUAUAUGAUGGCUGUAUUGCAUCCAUAACCAUAAGUGUCUUUGCAAUAUUGCUGAAUUAAGUAUUAUUGGACUUUAAGGCUUUAUUUGAUUGUGCACAAUCGUAAUGGAACUUUGUAAAAAUGUAACUGCUCUGCAUGUGUCUUCAUUACAGCUCCUGUGUCUUACUCAAUGCCUUACUUUUGUAACUGUGAUGCUAUGGGGAGACUAAAAAUGGGAUUAUCCUGGAUUAUCUUUUAGGAUGUAUGGAUUACCUCUGUACUAAAUGUAAUCUUCUGUGUAUUGUAUAUUUUUGUUGUUAUGUAAAAGGCAAUGGAUGGUCUUCAUUUGCUUCUUCAAAUAAAUAUUAAGUAAUUUUGCGACCAGUGUGUCUGUACAGCCCUUCUACUGAAUUGGACGUUUUAGUUUGAUAUGAUUUAUAAUAAAGUAUGAUGACUGAUGCAGAAAACAU